AACAACAACAACAACAACAAGAACAAGAACAACAAGAACAACAAGAACAAGAACAACAAGAUUACCCACUGGAUGACUUCCUGAGGAGAGCCAUGGAGAAAUCCCUUAAAAGUAAAAAUGGCCAUCUGGACCUGUUUGUUCGCUUCCUUCAUGGCCUCUCUCUGGAGUCCAAUCAGAGACUGUUAGGAGGCCUGCUGGGUCAGACAGACAACAGUCCAGAAGUCAUCCAGAGAGCCAUCAACAACCUGAAGGAGAUGAACACUUAUGAGAUCUCUCCUGAAAGAAGCAUCAACAUCUUCCACUGUCUGACGGAGAUGAAUGACCUCUCAGUACAUCAGGAGAUUCAAGAGUUCCUGAAGUCAAAGAACAGAUCAAAGAAAAAACUCUCUGUGAUCCAAUGCUCAGCUCUGGCCUACAUGCUGCAGAUGUCAGAGGAGGUUCUGGAUGAGUUGGAACUGAAGAAGUACAACACAUCAUACCAGGGACGAUGGAGACUGAUUCCAGCUGUGAGGAACUGCAGGAAAGCUCAACUUUCUAGCUGUCGACUCUCUGGGACUCACUGUGAAGUCGUGGCCUCAGCUCUGAAGUCCAACCCCUCCCAUCUGAGAGAGCUAGACCUGAGUCACAACUACCUGCAGGAUUCAGGAGUGAAGCAGGUGUGUGCUGGACUGGAGAGUCCAAACUGCAGACUGGAGACUCUGAGAUUGAGGAGCUGCAGGUUGUCAGCAAUCAGCUGUGCUUCUCUGGCCUCUGCUCUGAAGUCCAACCCCUCCCAUCUGAGAGAGCUGGACUUGAGCAACAACAAGCUGCAGGAUUCAGGAGUGAAGCUGCUGUGUGAUUUUCUGCAGAGUCCAAACUGCAGACUGGAGACUCUGAGAUUGAGGAGCUGCAGUUUGUCGGAGAUCAGCUGUGCUUCUCUGGCCUCAGCUCUGAAGUCCACCCCCUCCCAUCUGAGAGAGCUGGACGUGAGUGGAAACAAUCUGCAGGAUUCAGGAAUGAAGCUGCUGUGUGAUUUUCUGCAGAGUCCAAACUGCAGACUGGAAACUCUAAGGUUGGUUGGCUGCAGUUUGUCAGACAUCAGCUGUGCUUCUCUGGCCUCAGCGUUGAAGUCCAACCCCUCCCAUCUGAGAGAGCUGGAGCUGAGUGACAACGAGCUGCAGGAUUCAGGAGUGAAGCUGCAGUGUGAUUUUCUGAAGAGUCCAAACUGCAGACUGGAGACUCUGAGAUUAAGGAGCUGCAGUUUGUCAGAGAUCAGCUGUGCUUCCCUGGUCUCAGCUCUGAAGUCCAACCCCUCCCAUCUGAGAGAGCUGGAGCUGAGAGGAAACAAGCUGCAGGAUUCAGGAGUGAAGAUGUUGUGUGAUUUUCUGGAGAGUCCAAACCGCAGACUGGAGACUCUGAGCUGGUAGUGAUCUCCAGUAAAGUCCAGUCCACCAUCCUCCCUGUGUGUUCCUCUGGAUCUGACGGUAUCUGGACUGCCCUGCUGUUGC